CAAUUUCAGAGUCACAGUCUGUCACUCAUUCUCUGGGUUGUUUGGCUCAAAAGGUAAACUUUAUCUGGGUUUCUCCCAGUUCUUUCUUUGUUAAUAGUCUCAUUUCUAAUUCCUUGUAAUUGCUAAUGGCUCGGAUUUGGGUGAUUUUAUAUAAAAAAAAUUCCAUCUCAAACUCUCAGUACCAGACAAAGUUUCCAUCUUUUCUCUUAUCUAUUUGUAUUUUCUUUGUCAAAAUGGGUUCUUUCGUCGACAUGUUUUGAACAGAAUGGUAUUUGAAAACUUGACGCAAUGAGAUUGAAUAGCUUUUCAAUUAGAUUGAACUGAAAUUGUACUGUGAUAUGGUAGCGUUGUGCUUGUGGGUAAUGUAUAAAGUUGAAGACUUUGUGCAAUAUAAAUCAGCUUGAUAUGGUGGUAUUUACUAUUUAGUUGCGUAUAACUUGAUAGUUCAAAUGAUUAUCAUUGGUUGAAGUUUUGCACUGAGAUGAAAACUUGUGCUUGUGUGUUUUUUUUUUUUUUUCUUUUUUCUUUUUCUGAGACGCCGCCAUUAGUUUUCUCAAGGAUUUGGCUUUAAAGGAGACUAUUUUCGCACUUGGAGUUCGAGUUGCAGACUUGGAGUUCCGAUUCGCAGCAAAAGAUUUGAAGUGUGAUAAGGCCAUUGACUUGUCCUGGGUGUGUGAAGAGAGCUCAGAGUUGUAACAGAAAGUUACUGAAAGAUGGCAUUGAGGCGCUACUUGGGGUUUUCAGAUGGCGAGCUGAUGAGGUCUGAUUGCAAACCUUGUUCCAGAUUGAUGAGACAGACUGCUGGGAUUUUCACAGUUGGAGGAGGAUUAGCAUUCUGGAUUCUUUGUAGAUUGCAUUAUGGUCCCAGAAUUACAGUUCCUAGGGCUCUUCGGUGGGGAGCUUGUGGAGCUUUAUCUGUGAGCUCGUCCACUGCUCUGCUGGUACGCUUGCUUAGUCCAGAAUGUGAGCCCCAAAACAUAGAAACUUAUGACAAGGGAAAGUAGCACCUAACCAUGAAGAUUGUAUUGCUGUUUUGAGUAAGUUCUGAUGGAUUGUUAUGUAGGAGUGUGAAUUAUAGAUGGAACUCAAUUUAAAGCUAGAUAUUUUGCUCUGAA